AUGGCCACCGACCUGGCGACCGAAAUGCCAACAGCAAUCCCCCAACCGGAGCUUACCCCUCCAAGUGUCAAGCCCAGAGAACUCUCCUUCACACUGCCCAGAGCUUUGCACACGACAGCACAUGUUCACUUGAACUUUAUGAACCAUUGUGCUACAGUCUUCCUGGCUACUUCAACGCCCGGUGACUCGGGUGGCUCUAUCAAACCGAUGGGGAGCUUUGUGUACGCGAUGCCCGAUCGCACAUCACCCAAAUCAACAAUCUCAACAACACUCUACACGUCACCACCCAGCAUUGAAUACACAACCCGCAUAGCCAAAAUCCUCGCUAGAAGGCUUUACAUGCCCGUCUAUGUUGGUUGCAGCAUUGAUCCGCAUUCAUUGGGCUUGGAGGUUCAGGAAGAGAUGGAGGGCCUUACUAGCAUUGUCAACAUGAUCAUGGCCAAUUGGGAAGAGCAUAAGCAGGACAAGGAUGUAAGUGCGAAAUAG